AUGAAUCGUUCGUCCGUACGAUCAUGUAUUGAUGAACAUGAUGAAACUACAAAUCCAAAUUAUCAACAACGAAUAGUUCCCAUUCCAGUCGGUUAUUUACCGUCAGCCACAAUCAUUACGCCUCAACAACAAAGAUCUUCAACAGUAAAUGAACAAACAGAAUUCUAUUCAAAUUUAAUGUACAAUCAAAAUGUUCGUUCAACAGCUACAGCCGUAAGCCGAAAACGACCGAUACAAGAUGAUAAUCUCAUAGAAGAAUACGAUCAAUAUACCAAUAAACGAAUUCGGCAUGAUCAAUCGAAGAGUAUUGAAUUAGAAAAUCAACCUCCACGUGCAACAAUACAACAUCGAUCCCUAUUUUUAUAUCAUCCAAGACAAAAUUGGAAUAAUUUACAAAUUCAAAAUGAAAUUUCAUCAUCAUAUAAUGAAUUAUUGCCAUCGUUAUCAAAUUAUCACCACUUGAAUAAUACAUCCAAUCAUGAAUAUGAAUCAAAUCCGACUAGUCGUUUUUCUCAUUGUGAUUUACAUGCACAACAUCAAACUAAUCAACAUUUAUGCAUGUUUGCCAAUGAUACAUUAAUGAUUCCUACGCAAAAAAGUACACGUUGUAACUCAUCAAUGAAUACCAACGAGAAUAAUAUAUGCCUAUCGUCUCCUCAAUCGAAUUUAACCAGUCCAUUACGGACAAAUUUUGCUCUUGACAGUAAACAACAAACAAUUCUACGCACAGGAAAUAUUUCUCCAGCACAUUCAGAUUCUUCAACAGAAUCAUCAUCAACAUGUUCGUCUGAUGAACAACAAUUACAUUAUUAUUCGCAUCAUCAACCAUCACGUUCUUAUCGUGAACGCGAAAAUUACGAACAAUUAUUAGAUUUAGCCGAAAAAUUAUCUGAUCCAAAUCGUUUUGAUAAAGUUGAUGUUGAACAAUUUCUUUCAUAUCAUUACAAAGCAAUAACAACAACGACAACAACAGCAGAAAUUUUAUCAUCAAAACAAACAGCUUGUGUUAUUUGUAUGUCUCAUUUUAAAAACGGACAACAUAUACGUGUACUUCCAUGUCUUCAUGAAUAUCAUUCGAAAUGUAUUGCGCGAUGGUUUACUAUGAAUUCAUCAUGUCCCAUAUGCCGACGAGAUAAUUUUUUAACGACUUGCUGA